CGCCGGCUGCCGCCGUCCGUCCGUCCUCAGCGGGCAUGGAGUGAAGGAGCUGGGGGCUUUCCCGCCUGGGAGCUGAGGUUCAGAGGGGAAAACAACAACAGUAUGGAGCAGUGUUUAUAGAUCAUCCACAAACAGAAUGAAAGAGAAGACCUGCUUUUUUUUUUAAAAAAAAAAAAAAAGAAGAAAGAAAGAAAAAAAGUGCUGCAUAUACAAAUCCUCAAUCAGUGUGAAUGGCAUUAACAAAGGAUUCGUUUGAACGGAUUAAGUGGCUUAUCACAGCUGCCUGGUGGCUGCUGAUUGUUUUUUCAGCACAAGAAACUGAUGGGGGAGGAUAUGCUUAUAUUGACCCAUGUGGGGGACAGGAUUGUUCAGUUUGUCGGUGCUUUCCAGAAAAAGGAUCAAGAGGUCAGCCUGGUGAGCUGGGAGCUCAAGGUCUGAUUGGGUCCUUGGGGUCUACAGGACCAGCAGGUCUGCCAGGGGAAAAAGGACAGAGAGGUGAGAAUGGGCAGCCUGGGCCAGCUGGAGAAAAAGGUGACAAGGGGCCCACUGGAGUCCCAGGAUUUCCUGGUUUAGAUGGUGUUCCUGGAUUACCAGGAAGCGAAGGACCCAGGGGCAAGCCUGGUUUCGAUGGCUGCAAUGGCUCAAGAGGAGAUCCAGGAUUUCCGGGCGAAAAUGGUUAUAUUGGACCAAGAGGUCCUUAUGGAAAUCCAGGGCAAAAAGGAGAAAAAGGAAACUCAGUCUAUGUGGCACAUUUUGGAAAAGGACCUCCAGGCAACAGAGGUGAUCCUGGACCCCCCGGCAUGCCCGGACCCAGAGGCUCAAGAGGUACAAUGGGUGCAUCUGGAUACCCAGGCCAACCAGGCUUGCCUGGUAUUCCAGGAUACCCUGGAUUGCCAGGUGAACAGGGAAACCCAGGUAUUGGAGUGGAUGGACAGAAGGGGGAGCCGGGUGACGUUGGACUUCCUGGGCCACCUGGGUCACCACUGUUAGUUGGACCUCCUGGAGCUCAGCUGUUCAAAGGAGAAAAGGGCCAAAAAGGACUGCCUGGGGUAACAGGAUACAGAGGGCCACGUGGACCCAAAGGUAUACUUGGGAGAGGAGAAAAAGGUGAAAAAGGCAUUCCUGGAUUCCCUGGAUUGCGGGGUAAUCCUGGUUCUUAUGGACCUGCAGGUUUUCCUGGGAUGAAGGGGGAAACGGGAUUUUCUGGUUUUCCUGGACAACCUGGCUAUCCAGGCAUACAGGGGGAUCCAGGAGAAAAAGGGCCCCCAGGUCCUCCUGGAGCUGUUGGAACUCCGCUGUUUCCUAUAAAAGGUCCACAAGGAGAUCCUGGAUUUCCAGGUCCUGCUGGUGAUAUGGGGUCAGUUGGACCAAUUGGUCCUGCAGGCCUGCUAGGAAGACCAGGAGAUGAUGGAACAAGUCUGCCUGGCCUGCCAGGAGUAAGUGGGGCACCAGGACCUCAGGGUUUUCAAGGUGACCCUGGUUUCCCUGGAACAGGUGAAUCAAUCCCAGGAAGACCUGGAUUUCCUGGACCGCCAGGCCUACCAGGACAGCCAGGAAGACAAGGCUUACCUGGACUACCCAGUAUAAUCUGUACUGACAGAGGGAUCCCUGGAGAACCUGGAGCAAAAGGUCAGAUAGGUCUUCCAGGAAGAAAAGGUAUAAAAGGAGAAAAGGGAAAUCAAGGCCUCUGCUCAUGUAGUGCUGGCCCUCCUGGUCGCCGUGGUAUGCAAGGACCUCCAGGUACUCAAGGAAAGAAAGGACAAAUGGGAUACCCUGGAAGGCAUGGAGAAAAGGGCGACCCAGGCUCAUCUGGUGCAGUGGGAUCACCAGGGCUCCCUGGGACACCUGGUUCUGCUGGACAACAUGGUGAAAAAGGAGAAAAAGGUGAUCCAGGAAGAGUUAGAAUAAAAGGAAUAAAAGGUGAAAGAGGUCCUACUGGGGUUCCAGGAUUUCCAGGCCAAAGAGGUAAUGAUGGCAGAGACGGGGAACUAGGAUUGCCUGGGGAAAAAGGAGCUGAGGGCAAUUCUGGAGUACCACUGCCAGGUGAUAAAGGAUUCCCUGGGGUUCCAGGACUUCCUGGGGUAAAAGGACAGAUGGGAUUGCCGGGUUUGGGGUUUCCUGGCCCUCCAGGAGUCCGAGGUAGCCCUGGGGACUUCGGUGAUACUGGUAGUGUUGGGCCACCUGGUCCAAAGGGCCAGAAAGGUGAGACUGUCUGCAUUACACUACCAUACCCUGGAAAUCCAGGUCCCCCAGGUUUUAAAGGUGUUCAAGGACCAAAGGGUUUAAAAGGACUCCCCGGUCAUCCUGGGCCAAAUGGCUUUCAUGGGCAAAAAGGCCAUCGAGGCAGGCCAGGAGCAGGAAUCCCUGGGCCAGAAGGCUUUCGAGGCAAAGCUGGUGAUCCUGGUGAUGAAGGUGAAAGAGGAUCUACAGUUGAUGGUAAAAAAGGCCCUCCAGGUCCACCUGGCAUAGAUGGUCAGAAAGGUGUUCCAGGUGAUACCACAUAUGGUCCUCCAGGAAUCCCAGGUGACAGGGGACUGCCAGGACCCCCUGGUGCACAAGGAUCAAGGGGUGAUCCAGGCAUUCCUGGGUUUCGAGGACAGCCUGGUACUCCAGGAUUUCCAGGUGCCAAAGGUUUUAGAGGCCCAGAAGGUGAUAUAGGAGCACCAGGCUGUCCAGGCUUCCCUGGUCCACCUUGUGACACAGGCUUACCAGGGCCACCAGGACUCAGAGGUGUCAUGGGCCUGCCAGGACAUCAAGGCUUACCAGGUUUUAAAGGUCAGAGGGGAGACAGGGGCCUAGCCGGGCCACCUGGAGUCAAAGGUCUCAAAGGCUCUCCUGGCUCACAAGGUCCCCCAGGUCCUCCAGGCUCCCGAGGCCUUCCAGGACUUCCAGGCAAUAAAGGACCACCUGGUUUCCCAGGACAAACAGGAAGCAAAGGGAUUCAAGGACCCCAAGGAUUCCCAGGACUCCCAGGAACACAAGGCCCAAUGGGAAUCUCCGGUGUAAAAGGUGAAGAAGGAAAAGUGGGUCCACCUGGGCCUACUGGAGAAUGUGGGGAUAUGGGAAUAAAAGGUGAAAGAGGGCCUCCAGGAGACAGCGGCAGUGUUAACAUCCGUCUUGAGAAAGGACAAAAGGGAGAACGAGGGUUUCCUGGUGAGAACGGAUUUAGAGGUGAAAGAGGUGAAAAAGGCAAUACUGGUUUCAGAGGCACCCCAGGAUUUCCAGGGAAGAAUGGUGUCCCAGGACUGCCAGGUGACCAUGGUGACACUGGACUGAUGGGGUUUCCAGGAUCAUGGGGUUUCCCAGGACCAAAAGGCUUUAAAGGAAUUACAGGUUUUCAAGGACAAGCAGGUGACCAGGGUGACGUUGGCUUACCAGGAAUCCCUGGAAACCCAGGACUGACUGGCCCAAAAGGAUCUAAAGGCAAGAGAGGCGACCCAACUCCUCUGCUUGGUGCACAUGGUCGAAAAGGGCCUCCGGGAGAUCCAGGAUUACCAGGACUCUGUGGAUUCCCAGGAGACAAGGGUUCGCCAGGUAUCCAUGGGCAACCUGGAAGACCAGGAUCCAAGGGUGACCCUGGAUACCCAGGAAAACCUGGAUUUCCAGGAGCUACAGGUCCUCAGGGAUUGCCAGGAGAACCUGGAGAAAAAGGGAGACAUGGAAUUUUGGGACCUACAGGAUUGAAAGGAUUAGCUGGAUCCCAAGGCAGAAAAGGUCUUCCUGGACUGCCCGGACUGGAUGGCUUGGAUGGACUAAAAGGUCAAAAAGGUUCUACAGGAGCUCCAGGUCAAAGUGAAACAGGGCCCCCAGGGUACUCAGGAGAACUUGGACCAAAAGGAGACAGAGGUGAACCUGGAUGGCCUGGUAUUUCUAUUCCAGGCCCCCCUGGAGAAAGGGGAUUCCCAGGAUUCCCAGGUAAAAGAGGACCUGUUGGACCCACUGGACCUAUAGGAAGAUCUCCUGAUAGUGCUUCUCCUGGUCCUCCAGGUGAUCAAGGACCACCUGGUUUAGAUGGCAUCAGAGGUCAGCCUGGGAAUCCUGGUCCUCCUGGAGAGACUCUCUUUGUGCGAGGAGAUCCAGGCGAUACCGGUAUUCGAGGGGCUCCAGGUAAUCCUGGGCAGCGAGGGCGACAAGGAGCCAGAGGUCUGCCAGGGAACCAAGGAAGAGGAGGCCCAAAAGGUCCUAUGGGAAUCCAUGGCCCACAGGGUCCACCUGGUGCUACAGGACAACCAGGAGACCAAGGUUUUCAAGGAAAACCUGGUCCCAAAGGUCCCACAGGUUUCAUAGGUGACCCUGGUGAACCAGGAAAAAUAGAUGAUUCAUGCCCUACAAUCCCAGGGCCCCCUGGGGAAGCAGGACAAAGAGGAGAUGAUGGCUCCGUAGGAUUACCAGGGCCUAUAGGCCACCCUGGAGCCCAAGGAAGAAAAGGUGAAGAAGGGUCAGGCGGCCUGCCAGGUCAAGAUGGCUUACCUGGGGCACCUGGACCUCCGGGUGACCAAGGGAAUGUAGGAGAGCAAGGAUACGCUGGGCCACGAGGUCCACCUGGCCAGACUGGUAUCCCAGGACCACCAGGCCCCCAUAUUAGAUCUGGAAGUGGAUUCUUGCUCGUCCUUCACAGCCAGUCAGACAGAGAACCACUCUGUCCACAGGGGAUGCCAAAAUUAUGGACUGGCUAUAGUCUGCUGUACCUGGAAGGACAAGAGAAAGCUCAUAAUCAAGAUCUCGGUCUGGCAGGAUCUUGUCUUCCUGUGUUUAAUACCAUGCCUUUUGCUUACUGUAAUAUCAACCAAGUCUGUUACUAUGCCAGUCGAAAUGAUAAGUCUUACUGGUUGUCAAGUGCUGCUCCUUUACCAACGACACCGCUCUCUGAGGAAGAAAUACAACCGUACAUAAGCAGAUGUGCCGUGUGUGAGGCCCCAGCCCAAGCGGUGGCAGUUCACAGCCAAGAUGAGUCCAUUCCUCCCUGCCCAGUGAACUGGAGGAGUCUUUGGAUAGGAUAUUCCUUUUUGAUGCACACUGGAUCUGGUGAUCAGGGUGGAGGACAGUCCCUUAUGUCACCUGGAAGUUGCCUGGAAGACUUCAGAUCAGCACCAUUCAUUGAAUGCCAGGGUCAGCGGGGAACAUGUCAGUUUUUUGCUAAUGAAUACAGUUUCUGGCUAACAACCGUGAUGCCUGAAUUGCAGUUUGCAUCAGCCCCCCCAUCAGGAACUCUGAAAGAAGGACAAGAGCAGAGGAGAAAAAUCAGUAGAUGCCAGGUGUGCCUGAAGCAUGGCUAACCAGCCAAACAAAAAUGGACAGCCAGAGUGAGACUUGCGUAAAGAUGAACAGCGUGCUAAAGAGACAUGCCCCCAGCAGAAGGAUUUUCAAGGAAAAAGAGAUCCAUGUCCAAGAGUCCCGAUUCAAAGAAAACUGCCUCCGAAGCCACCGUGAGUCCAGCAGGCUGAUCAGCCGACUGAAAAGCUGGAUACACAAACUCAAAGCGCAGGAAGGACGGACAUUCCGCUCCCAGCCAGCGGGACACCGAACACUCAGAGGGUGCGCGAGCUGUAUUUCCAAAAGGGCCACAGCUCAAACCACAGCGCGCUGGCAGCCUCGGCUUAUGUUCACAGUAGCAGACCCCCCCUCCUCAGGUGAUGUUCCCAUCCCCUCAGUGUUACAGGUCAUUCCACAUUAAGGGCUCACUUGUGAGCUUCUCCUGACAGUUCUCACCAGCUCCUCCGCUACGCAUCUGCAGCCUCCUCUCAGGUUAGGAAGUCUCUGGAGAAGGGCGGUCGCUUCGCUGGAAAUAUUUACAGUGGGGCUUUUGGUUCUAACUGCACUUAGAUAAACAAUAAAGAAAAUCUUAUACAGUGUGUUAUUGCAAACUUUGUCAUAGGAUGACAAGUAAGAUGGAAUCAAAUGGGAUUUUGGAAUUGGAUCUGUGUUCAUCCAACCUGAACAAGUACUCAGAAAAAAAGUUAAAAACACCUGAGAGAAUCAACAAAACCCAAGAUGCAGUAAUCUAAAUAAGCCAUUUUAUGGCAUUUUACCAUCUUACUCUUUUGUUUGACUUAAAAACAUCAUGCAAGGCAAUCGUGGUUUUCCAUCAUUUUGAUGCAGGGUUUCUGCACCUGUGCCAGGUACAAUUUACUAUGUUCUAUAAGAACGUAUUAUAUAGGAGAUGUAUUUUUAAGCUACCAGGUAUGUUAACUAUUUAUUAGGUGUGUAAAUUCUCCUUCCAUGCUUAGCUGACUCUGUAAGUCACUUAUCAGAAAUAUUCUACUAAUUCAAAAUGAAAUUGCAGAUAAACUGCUUAAUAUUACAAAGCAAGUAAGAAAGACCAAAGUCUAAAGCAGCAUACGCUUUAAUUCUGCAAUCAUUUGUCCAGUGACUAUAAGCAGAAAAAUAACUGGUAAAUAACUCAUGGGGUACUUAAUUAUGAAAUCAUGUAUGAAAGGUAAUAGCUGAAACUGUCCAUGAGUAAAAACACUCCUAAAGGCAAUGGCCCUGUGCUAGUCCUUAGAGUCCAAAUUACCCUUACUGCUGCAUUCAGGAGCUUUGGAUCUUGUGUAGGCCCGGUAGAGAAGAGAAUUUUAUCCGAAACAGCAGGCAGGAUACUAACAGCAACACAGAAAAUAACGCUGGCUGCACUUGGAGGUCUUUGGAAUUAGCACUGUUCGGGGUGAACUGCCCUGGAAUUAAAUUCUGAACCCGUGGUUUACAAUGAGGAGGCUUGCUCGCCCAUCGCCCUUGCAAAACCUGGCACCCGGGUGGCGAGGAAGCGGGGACAGUGCCUGGCUCGACGUCAUGGCAAAUCCCCAGGGCAGUUGUCAGAUUCUUCUCUCUCCUUCACCUCCCUCCACAUCAGGAUUUCUGGAAGGUAACUUGUGGAAGAAAAACACUGCCCAGCCUGAGCCCUGACCUGCUGCUAAGAA